AUGGCGCGGGGCGCCGGCGGCAGCAUGGGCUCCGUUGCGGGGGUCGCGUUGGUGAUGGCGGUCGCAAUGCUGGGAAACUUGCACGCAGCGCGCGGGAGCGACCCACGCCCACGGAGCCUGCUGGCCAGCGCGAGCUCCAUCGCCACGGCCAUCAGCAAUGGCGACACACACACAGCUGCCAAGGCUAUCGCAGACGCUCAAGCCAAAGGUGACAGCACGGCCAUAGCUGACGCUCUAGCUGAGGCGGCCCAAGGAGGAAACGCCAUGGCAGCCGCGGAGGCAAUUGCUGAAGCCGUGGAUCAACGUGGAGCGGACUCUGAUGCCCUCGCGAGGGCCAUCGCUCAAGGCUCAGGAGGGACCGAGGAGACCGCAAAGGACGCUCUGACGGAUGCAGUCGAUGACGGACAAACGGGCGCCCUCGCUGAAGCCAUUGCCCGGUCCGCGGGAGGCAGGACAGAGGCCAAAGCGGUGUCCACAGCGGAGGCCGUCAGCCGGUCUCGCAGCGCCAUUGUGACGGCGAUCAGCACUGCUUUCUCCAACGUCGCGGGAGGUGGCGAUGCUGUGUCCGAAGCUGAGGCAGCGGCCACGGCGAUCGGGAUGGCAAUCGCCGAGGCUUAUGCCAAAACAGAG